AUGUGCUUUGUUCCAUUACGUCUCCAACUUCUUUACCCGUUCUUCCUUUUCCCUUCCUUCACCUCUACCCUUCCUUCACCUCUACCCUUCCUUCACCUACCCUUCCUUCACCUACCCUUCCUUCACCUCUACCCUUCCUUCACCUCUACCCUUCCUUCACCUCUACCCUUCCUUCACCUCUACCCUUCCUUCACCUCUACCCUUCCUUCACCUCUACCCUUCCUUCACCUCUACCCUUCCUUCACCUCUACCCUUCCUUCACCUCUACCCUUCCUUCACCUCUACCCUUCCUUCACCUACCCUUCCUUCACCUACCCUUCCUUCACCUCUACCCUUCCUUCACCUCUACCCUUCCUUCACCUCUACCCUUCCUUCACCUCUACCCUUCCUUCACCUCUACCCUUCCUUCACCUCUACCCUUCCUUCACCUACCCUUCCUUCACCUCUACCCUUCCUUCACCUACCCUUCCUUCACCUCUACCCUUCCUUCACCUCUACCCUUCCUUCACCUCUACCCUUCCUUCACCUCUACCCUUCCUUCACCUCUACCCUUCCUUCACCUCUACCCUUCCUUCACCUACCCUUCCUUCACCUCUACCCUUCCUUCACCUACCCUUCCUUCACCUACCCUUCCUUCACCUACCCUUCCUUCACCUACCCUUCCUUCACCUCUACCCUUCCUUCACCUCUACCCUUCCUUCACCUCUACCCUUCCUUCACCUCUACCCUUCCUUCACCUCUACCCUUCCUUCACCUCUACCCUUCCUUCACCUACCCUUCCUUCACCUCUACCCUUCCUUCACCUACCCUUCCUUCACCUCUACCCUUCCUUCACCUCUACCCUUCCUUCACCUCUACCCUUCCUUCACCUCUACCCUUCCUUCACCUCUACCCUUCCUUCACCUCUACCCUUCCUUCACCUACCCUUCCUUCACCUCUACCCUUCCUUCACCUACCCUUCCUUCACCUACCCUUCCUUCACCUACCCUUCCUUCACCUACCCUUCCUUCACCUCUACCCUUCCUUCACCUCUACCCUUCCUUCACCUCUACCCUUCCUUCACCUCUACCCUUCCUUCACCUACCCUUCCUUCACCUCUACCCUUCCUUCACCUACCCUUCCUUCACCUCUACCCUUCCUUCACCUCUACCCUUCCUUCACCUCUACCCUGAGUUACCAUUGUCAUUGAGAGUAGUUUUGUUCUUUUUAAUAAAGAAAAUUAAAGCACUCUUGGAUGGAAAAUGUGACAAAUAG